AUAAUCUAUCCUCAGAAGUCAGACCUCAAGUUGAUGACAAUUCUGUCCUUGCAUCGUCGUCAUGAAUUCAACAACAUUUCACAACCAUGCACUCGCUUUUUCACACAAUUCCUCUGUAAUUUCAAAAUGCAAAUCUAUGCGACACUUGCGUCAAAUCCAUGCCAAUCUCAUCAAAACAGGCCUCAUUGCGGACCCUCUAGUCGCCUCCCAAGUUCUCAAAUUCAGCGCCCUUUCGGAACAUUGCAGACGUGACAUUCAGUAUGCACACAAAGUGUUUGUGCAAAUGCCUCAGCCAAAUUGCUUUUCUUGGAACACUAUUAUUAGAGCCCUUGUGGAAGUUGGGGAUAAUGGGUAUUCAGUUGAAGCAUUGAAUAUGUUUUAUCUUAUGUUGGAGAGUGAGUUUGUGGAGCCCAAUAAGUAUACUUUCCCUUCUGUACUUAAGGCUUGUGCUAAUGUUGGGUUGGUAGAAGUAGGGAAGCAAGUUCAUGGGAUGAUAAGGAAGUAUGGGAUAGAGAGAGAUGAGUUUGUUUUGAGUAAUCUUGUGAGGAUGUAUGUUUUGUGUGGGGAAAUGGCUGAUGCUUUUGUGUUGUUUGAAGAUAAUGUUUCCAGGAGUGAUUGUAAGAAGAUGAAUUUGGGUAAUGUUGUUUUGUGGAAUGUGAUGAUUGAUGGGUAUGUUAGAGCUGGUAAAUUUAGCGUUGCGUUGGAGAUGUUUAAUGAUAUGCCAGAUAGAAGUGUGGUUUCGUGGAAUUCUAUGAUCUCGGGGUAUGCACAAAAUGGAUUUUAUAAGGAGGCAAUGGAAAUGUUUAGGGAAAUGCAAAUGGGGGAUGUAUGUCCUAACUAUGUUACGUUGGUUAGUGUUUUACCUGCAGUGUCGCGACUUGGGGCUCUUGAGUUGGGUAAAUGGAUUCAUAUCUAUGCCUUGAGGAAGGGAAUAGAGAUUGACGAGGUGCUUGGUUCUGCAUUGAUUGAUAUGUAUUCCAGUUGUGGAAGCAUUAUUGAAGCACUUGAGAUAUUUGAGAGCCUACAACACAAGAAUGUGAUCACUUGGAAUGCUAUGAUAAAUGGAUUUGCCAUGCAUGGUCAAGCAAAGGAUGCAAUUAAUUAUUUCUGGAGGAUGGAACAAGUGGGACUAUCAGCUAGUGAUGUAACCUACAUCAGUGUGUUGACUGCUUGUAGCCAUGCUGGUUUAGUGACUGAAGGCAAAUCAAUUUUUAAUCAUAUGCAUAAAGUGGGACUAGAACCUAGGAUUGAACAUUAUGGUUGCAUGGUUGAUCUAUUAGGCCGAGCUGGCCUUUUAGAAGAAGCUAAACAACUCAUAUUUGAGAUGCCUUGUACAGCAGACGAUGUAAUAUUAAAGGCCUUUCUUGGUGCUUGUAAAUUACAUGGGAAUAUUGAUUUGGGAAAACGAGUAGCAAAUGAGUUAAUGGAGAUGUCUCCUCAUGACAGUGGUUCAUAUGUGGCUCUCUCAAAUAUGUAUGCUUCUUUGGGUAAAUGGGAGGAGGUGGCUGAUGUUAGGUUGCGGAUGAAGGAACUGGAUGUAAGAAAAGAUCCUGGAUGCAGUUGGAUAGAGCUCGAUGGAGUGGUUCAUGAGUUUUUGGUGGAAGAUGAUUCUCAUCCAAGAAACAAAGAAAUCCAGUAUAUGCUGAAAGAGAUAUCAAAGCAAUUGAGUUUGACAGGGUAUAUGUCUGACACGAAACAAGUUUUUCUUAAUAUCGAUGAUGAUGAGAAGGCAAGUGCCUUGCACUAUCAUAGUGAAAAGAUAGCGCUUGCCUUCGGAUUGAUCAGUACGAGCCCUAAAACAUCACUUCGAAUAUUUAAGAACCUCAGGAUAUGUUAUGAUUGUCACUCUACAAUGAAACUUAUAUCCAGACUGUAUAAACGUAAGAUUGUAAUAAGGGAUCGGAAGCGUUUUCAUCACUUUGAGAAUGGAUCGUGCUCGUGCAUGGACUACUGGUAGUUGUACCCAUGUUAAUCUUUGAAGUAAAGCUUAUUUAUAUGGAGAUAUGGAGUCCACUGCUGCUGUAGUUAUCAAAACUGUCCGAACCAAACCUAAACUGCUCUCUUCCCUUUAGCAAAAGUUACAAUCUAUCAGUAAAUGGUGGUGGCACCCCAAGCGAGGCAGCAAAUGGAUCAGCCCCGGAUGUACUCUGAGCUCCACCCCCUGCUGUUGGAGGUGCUGGUAAUGCUAGCAUUGCUGGCCUCCCGGCUGAUCCUAAUGCAACGCUGCUGGCACUUCCAGUAGCUAUCAUACCCGAGGAUGCCAUAGCAUGCUUUAUUGCCCCUUGUUGAUACAUACCAUCUAGCAUCAAUGUAUCAAACCCCCCUGGAAGUGAAGACUUCUGGUUUGCCAAGUGGCUUGCAGUCUGAACAAGGGCCGUCUCCCAGUCCCCUGUAUUAUUGAAGGCUUCCCAUGCUGAAGUCCCGACUGUUGGUGUGGCGGUUGAAGGACCACCGUCAAAUAAAGCUAAAGCCAAUCUAUUUGAUUGUUCUUCACUUGUUGGGGCAUCUGCACCCAGGUUCAGCAAAUCACCCACAUCCUGCCUUUUGGGCUCCACUUUAAUCUCCUGUGCUGGUUCUUCCACUUUUACUUCCACCGCCUCUGCUUUCACUGUUUCUUCUACAAACCCUUCCGGUGGAGGUAACGUUUUCAUUGCAUUCAGAUCCUCUUCAGGUUCUUCCUCUUUUUCUUCAACAGGCUCUACUUCUGCAUUCAUAGCCAUUCUGUUUCUUAGCAUCACUGAUUUCUCACGUAUGAACUCAUCCAUAGCAUCCAGUUUCUGCUGUGUGAUCUUGUCUACAUCAGGAUAUUCAGAUGUUCGUACAACACCAACACUCUUGGUCCACUCAUAGAAACUGUCAAGCUCAUCAUACUGUUUUGAAACACGGCAAAAAAUCUCAUAAACUUUUACAGAAUCAGGUAUAUCAAGCACCAUGAAUCUAUCAAUUAAGACACCCGUAGCCUCUGAUAUGUCAUAAUAAAUCUGGAAACUAUCUUUCACUAUUGGGUAUAGGGCGACAAUGACAAUUCUGUUAGUCCUCGCAGCACCUGUUGGCCGACAUGCUAAAAACCUUUCAAGAAGUUGCAUAUAAUGAUGAAUUCUCGAAAAUAUUUGCCCAUUUGUCAGCUCCUGCACUGGUGUUGCUCUGGCUGUGGUAGCCCCUUGAUUAGCCUCCUCGUCCUCUUCAAUAUAGGCGAACAUGUUACCUUUUCCCCUCUUGUCUUGCAUCCUGCACUCGAGCUGUUCAUCAAGAUACAGUGCAUAGGUACGUACAAAUGCAGAGUAAUCCCAAGAAUCAGCCUUUGUAGUGUCCCUGAAGUCAGACAUGUUAAGAAGGCGUGUCCCUCGCCUUGUAGCAAAGAAAAACUCUUGCUCAUAAGCUGGAUCACCGUCAGACAGCAAUCGCUGAAUCAAAAUAAGCGCCUUCAACGCAACAACCCAGUUCUUGGUCUUGUUAAGACGUCGUGAAAUGGUGCCAACACAGGCAGCAAUGUGGGAGCGAGAGUAAGUAGUUAAGCUCAGGAUUUCACGUAUGUACCUCUCCUCGGCUGGAUACUGCUCGUGUCGGGUGGCCUUGACAAUCGCUAUAUCGAGAUCAGCAAGAGCUGUACUGCUAGCAACUUUGGCAAGGCUUAUGCUCGUCUGAUCUUUCACUGCUCCAAUAGCUUGUCUGAUCUUGCUCUGGGACAUUGUAUCUGUUAAUUUUAUAUGCAGCUCUAAUUGAAUUGCAGGAGAGAAGUUUCAACCUGAAUGGCCUUCAUUUUGUACUGGGAUCUGGAAUGCAUCAACACAAGAAUGAACAUGCAAUGGGAAGAGUUUAGAAGUGCAUGCAUGUAUUUACCUCAACAGGAGGAUAAGCCAAACGAUGUAUGUCCGGAAUUGAUCAAAAUAAAUAGUGACGAAAUUAAUAUCAUUCUGUACAAAACACUUCUAUUCAGACUGUAAUUAAUUUAUUUUUUGUUCAAAAAAAAAAGUGAAGAGAAGACGGAGGGAGGCUUUCUAUCUCCCUAUC